AUGCUGUUUGGCAUCCAGAUUCUCCUGAGCAAUCCUGCAGAAGACUUCACCCUGCCAGCCAGCUCCCUGCCUCACCUGCCUGCCUCUGUUCUUGGUUUUGAGGAGAAGAAACAAGAGAAGAGCAUAGAAGAGAACAUAGAAAGCAACAAGGUAGAAGACAAGAAAAAGAAAGAAACAGCUGACGAGAAGAAAUCUGACGAUGGGAAGACGGAAAGAAGCGAAGAGGCGGAGAAGAAGUCCGACAGAACGAGAGAGGAGAAGAAUCUAACGGAGAAAGCGGACGAGGAAACAACGGUGACGAAGAACGAAGAGGAGCAGAAAGCGAACUCGCAAGAAAUGAAGAACGAAGGCGAGGCGGAGAAAGUGACGACCAGAGAAUCACAAGAGGAGACGAAGGACGAAGACGAGCAGACGAAGGAAACGGACGCAGAGUUCGAGCCAAAUCCCCCGAAGACGAGCGCAGACACAGCGACCGCAGAGGGGAAGGAGACACCGACCGAAGAAAAAGAAAAGGCGGAGAAGACGAGCGCGGAAGAAGAAAGUAAAACGAAGAGCGGCGCGUCGGACGGAGGGACGUCGGAGCCGCCGGCAAAGCAGCAGCAGAAGAAGAGUUCGACUGUGACGCUGACGGACUCGACGCUGCACCGAAUCCACGGAGACAUCAGGAUUUCUCUCAAGACCGACAACCCUGACGUCGGUAAGUGUCUGAUGGUGCUGGAUCAGCUCAGUAUGGUUUACGUGACGUCCAAACACGUGCAGCGACACAGCGAGCUGGUGUCCACGCUGAGAAAGCUGCGCUACUACAGAGCCAACCAGGCCAUCAUGGACAAAGCCUCCAUGCUCUACAACCGCUUCAAGAACGCCUUCCUGGUGGGGGAGGGCGAGGAGGUGGUGAGCGCCGCCUUCCUGCGCUCGCUGCUGGAGGAGAAGGAGGAGGAGGAGGCGCAGAGGGCGGAGCGCUGGAGGGAGAGGAAGGAGGAGCUGCUGCAGGAGGUGAAGAGACGCAUGGGCCAGGUGAAAGGGAAGAGGAGGGCCGACGGGGGAGGAGGAGGAGGAGGAGGAGGAGGGGAGGAAGAGGAGCCGAAAACAGAAGCUCCAGUGGACUCUUCCUGAACCAGGUUGGACUGAACCAAUUAUAUUAUCUGAGGGGUGAGGACCUGAACCCCCCCACCCCACACAGACAAUGAGCAGUUCC